AUGGCUCAUCUUCCUUCACCUCUGGCAGUUAUGCAUUUUGCUACACCUAUCACUUUGAACUCUGCGCUUUUCACUCCUAGUACAGCCUCUGCAAGAAAUGAUUCAUUCCGACGCGGUGAUGAUAGUCAACGGGCGGGGGCUGUAUUCUGGCCCCAUAUUCCUCGGAAAGAGAUAUUCGAAGCAGGGCGUGAUGGCAACAUCCAUCAGGCUCAUCGCAAAGCCUCCAAGCCUGUCAUUAUCCACAUGUAG